ACAAAGAAGCAGUGAAAGUGCAACGAAGCAGUGUGAUCAGUGGAAGAUAAUGGCGAGUUCAAGUUCAAGUGCAAGUGCAAGUACAAGUUCAAGUGCAAGCGCAAGUGCAAGCGAAGAAAUAGUGUAUGUGGAGCAGUGUAAGGGAAUCUUUGGCCUCGACAAGUUCGUUCUUAGAGAAGUUGGUGGACAUUCGGCUGAAGUGUAUCUGUAUGGAGCGCAAGUUUUAUCUUGGAAGAAUCAUCAUGGGAAAGAAAUGCUCUUUCUGAGUAAGAAGGCUGAGUUCAAGCCUUCAAAACCUAUACGUGGUGGUAUACAAAUGUGUUUUCCUGAGUUCACGUUUCGAAACGUUGAACGCUAUGGAUUUGCUAGGACCAGGUUUUGGACUGUGGACCCUUCUCCCCCACCACUUCCAAAUGAGAGAACUCGUAGAGCUUUCAUUGAUUUGAUUCUUAAGUAUUCUGAUGAAGAUCGAUUUGUUUUCCCUCACAAAUACGAGUAUCGUCUUAGGGUAUCUCUGGCACCUGAGGGAAACUUGACAUUGAUAUCUCGUAUUCGAAAUAUUAAUCGAGAUGGGAAACCUUUCACUUUCUCGUUCGCUUAUAAUUCACAUUUUCUUGUCCCUGAUAUAGGGGAAGUGCGUAUAGAAGGGUUUGAAACAUACGAUUAUCUGGACAACUUAAAGAACAAAGAGCGAUUUACUGAACAAGGGGAUUCAUUAACCUUUGAGGAAGAGAUUGACAGGGUAUACCUAAAUACUUCAAACAAAAUUGCUAUCAUAGACCAUGGAAGGAAGAAAACAUACGUAUUGCGCAAAGAUGGACUUCCUGAUGCUGGGGUAUGGAAUCCAUGGGAGAAGAAAGCCAAGGCAAUACUGGGGAAGGAUGAGUAUCUACAGAUGGUGAAUGUCCAGCCGGCCCGUGUAGAGAAAGGAACUACUAUAAAGCCUGGUGAAGAAUGGAAAGGGAAGCUGGACAUAUCUUUAUCUCUUUCCAGUUAUAACAGUGGUCAACUUGAUCCACAAAGAGUAUUGCAGGGUGCUGCUGCUGCUUCUAAGGCUGGUGCAAGUGGGGCAAGUUCUAGUCCUUCUGAUCCAAAGAAAGCAUUGCAGGGUGGGGCAAGUUCUAGUUCUCCUGAUCCAAAAAAAGCAUUGCAGAGUGUUGUUGGUUCUACUUCUGCUUCAGGGGGGGUGCAAGUAGGGCAAGUUCUAGUUCUCCUGAUCCAAAAAAAGCAUUGCAGAUUGGUGGUGGUUCUACUUCUGCUUCUAGGGGUGGUGCAAGUAGGGCAAGUUCUAGUCCUCCUGAUCCGAAAAAAGCAUUGCAGAUUGGUGGUGGUUCUGCUUCUGCUUCUAGGGGUGGUGCAAGUAGGGCAAGUUCUAGUUCUCCUGAUCCAAAAAAAGCAUUGCAGAUUGGUGGUGGUUCUGCUUCUGCUUCUAGGGGUGGUGCAAGUAGGGCAAGUUCUAGUUCUCCUGAUCCAAAAAAAGCAUUGCAGAGUGGUGCUGGUUCUACUUCUGCUUCUAGAGGUGGUGCAAGUAGGGCAAGUUCUAGUUCUCCUGAUCCAAAAAAAGCAUUGCAGAGUGGUGCUGGUUCUCCUUCUGCUUCUAAGUGGUGCAAGUGCAAGUUCUAGUUCUCCUGAUCCAAAAAAAGCAUUGCAGGGUGGUGCUGGUUCUCCUUCUGAUUCUAUGGGUGGUGCAUGUUCUAGUUCUCCUGAUCCAAAAAAAGCAUCGCAGGGUGGUGCUGGUUCUCCUUCUGCCUCUAAGGGUGGUGCAAGUUCUAGUUCUCCUGAUCCUAAAAAAGCAUUGCAGGGGGGUACAAGUAGGUCAAGUUCUAGUUCUCCUGAUCCAAAACAAGCAUUGGAGGGUGGUGCAAGUAGGGCAAGUUCUAGUUCCCCUGAUCCAAAAAAGGCAAAGCAAGGUAGUGCUGGUUCUACUUCUGCUCCUAAGGGUAGGGCAAGUUCUAGUUCUCCUGAUCCUAAAAAGCAUUACAAGGUGGUGCUGGUUCUACUUCUGCUUCCAAAGGUGGUGCAAGUGGGGCAAGUUCUAGUUCUUAAUACUUGUAACUCAGGAAAUAUUUUGGCUUGAUGGAUGGCAGACUCAGUAUUGGCAAAGCUGUGAAUAUGGAUUAAGAGAGGGAGUUGAUACUUAGAGAUUUGCAGGACUUUUUGCUCUAGGAGAAUUGAAAAGAGGCAUUUGUCUGUACAACUUAAUGUUCUUAGAAAUAUUGCAUACUGGAUUGGUUUGUGUUUCCCUUUUCCUUCAACUGACAUCAAUGUCCUUAGAAAUAUUGUACUUCUUUAGUUUGUAAAACAUAUGUACAAAACCCUUGUAUAACAGCUUUCAUCAAUUUACUCGAGAACAGCUGUUAUAUAAUCAUAUCUCUGUCCCAAGUCUUGAACUUUGAAUGUUUCAAUUUGAUGUGAAUAUAAGCAUAAAGGCUUGAUGCGUGCUUCUUUGUUGAUACUGAGAUCUCACCAUCCAUGAUGAAUAUGCAAAUAUUUGUAUUUUUCCACACAAAAAUGUUUAUAUUUUUUCA